CCCCGGGACUCCAUUUCCCAGUGCGCCCCGCGGCCCUCGCCGCAGAGGUCGCGCGGGGAAGAUGGCGGCGCCCGUGUCGCCCUUGGUUACUGCUUGCUGCUUGCUGCGGGCACCGGCGCGGCUUGCCGCCCGCCUGCUGCCGGCAUGGGCCCUGCCGAGAGCAUAUGCAAGUCAGGCAGCAGAUGAGAAGGUGGUUCUUGGUACUCUUACAGAUGCUAAUUCGAGAGCCUUACUGGUUUGCAAUGGACCUUUAGAACAUUAUGACUUUCUGAUUAAGCAAGAAGAGCUGAGGAAUGAUGAACAGCAAAGAAGAGUUGUGCAGCACCUGCAAAAAUUGCAUGAGAGUCUUAAAGGCUACAGCAUCAGCUCAAAAAAUUUUCUCUCAAAGCUCUUUGCAAAAAACAAACCUCCAAAAGGUCUUUACGUCUAUGGAGAUGUUGAAGGCACAGGGAAGACAAUGGUGAUGGACAUGUUCUAUUCUCACUUGGAAGUAGAAAGGAAAAAGAGAGUCCAUUUUCAUGGCUUCAUGCUGGACGUGCACCAGCGAAUACAUCGCCUUAAACAGAGCUUGCCUAAAAGAAAGCCAGGAUUUAUGGCUAAAUCAUACGACCCAAUUGCACCAGUAGCAGAGGAAAUAAGUGAAGAAGCAUGUCUCUUAUGUUUUGAUGAAUUUCAGGUCACUGACAUUGCUGAUGCCAUGAUUCUGAAGCAGCUUUUUGAAAACUUGUUCCAAAAUGGGGUUGUCGUUGUGGCAACAUCUAACAGGCCGCCAGAAGAUCUCUAUAAAAACGGUCUUCAGAGAGCUAAUUUUGUACCAUUCAUUGCUGUGCUGAAGAAAUACUGCAGCACAGUCCGGCUUGAUUCUGGAAUAGACUACAGGAAACGAGUGCUUCCUGCUGCUGGAAAACUUUACUACCUCACAAGUGAAGCUGAUGUGGAGGCUGUCAUGGAUAAGUUGUUUGAUGAGCUGGCUCAGAAACAAAAUGAUUUAACUAGACCAAGGAUUCUAAAAGUGCAAGGCAGAGAGCUGAGGCUGAAUAAAGCGUGUGGAACCAUUGCAGACUUCACAUUUGAAGAGCUGUGUGACAGACCUCUUGGGGCCAGUGACUAUUUGGAAAUAUCAAAGCAUUUUGACACAGUCUUUGUUCGCGACAUCCCACCUCUUACCAUGGCAAAAAGGACUCAAGCUCGGCGUUUCAUUACUCUGAUUGAUACCUUUUACGAGCAUAAGGUGCGCGUUAUCUGCUCUGCAGCGACUCCUCUCCAAAGCUUGUUCCUGGUGGAAGCCGGCAGCGGUGAGCUGGAGGACAGCAGAGUGUUGAUGGAUGAUUUGGACUUGAGCCAGGAUUCUGCCAAAGAUCUCUCCAUGUUCACGGGAGAAGAGGAAAUCUUUGCAUUUCAGCGUACUAUCUCACGGCUCACAGAAAUGCAGACUGAACAAUACUGGAAAGAUGGGGACAGAAACAAAGAACAGUUGUAAUUAAAAGUUGAAUAAAAGCACCAGAAAGUUUGCAAAGAAGUAAAACUACAGAAUUAAAAGGCCUUUUAGCACAACUGAAAUAACAAUGGCACUUUAUCUUCUGGACUUUAUCAUCUUUCAUCAUAUGGUUUCCAUGCUUAGGACAUGAAGAUUUAUUCUUCUGUACCCUCAGCGUGUGGGCAUGUGAAAUUUUAUCUUCAUUUUAUUUUCUGUGAAAUAUAAUCUGAUGUUGAGGAAGUGUGCCUGGCUUAGAAUUGUUCUGCAGAAUUAGUCUAGAGAUAAAGUCUCUGGGCUCCACGGGAUUCACGGUGGGUCGGGAAUGGUGUUACGUGAAGAGGGCACUUUGUGGUUUGUGGUCCCCUGUUGCACAGUUGGCACAAAAGAGAGAUGGAAGGCUUUCCUAACGGGGCUCCUGAUGUUCUGUAUCUCUCUGCUAGAAUCCUAUAGCUCUACAAUGUAUUCUGCUUUGGUUUUUUUCCCCUCUGUUUUCUGUGUGUAACCAUCUGCUGACUUUCAGACUCCAAGAGUUUCAUGUAAUCAGCCCGCUGAUCAGUUUGGGUAAUAGAAAAUGAACAGUUUGAUCUCAGAGUGGCCUGAGGAGGAGCUAGAGUGUACUGGAAAUCUCAGAGGAGUGAAUCCAAGUGAUCACAUAAGGUAGAAGAACUUACAGGGCAGCGUAUGCUGUAACUUGUGAGGGCACCUUAAUACUUCCCCUAUAUUUUCCAGUUCUUGCAAGCUGGGUGUGCUUCUUUCACACUAGUAAAGUAUUUCUACCCUGAACUUUAAUCUCUGCAGCACCUUCCAUCACUAGUGGCACAUCUGCUGAGCUGGGGGUGGCAGUGCAGUGCUACUGAGGCAAUUCCAUCAUUUUGCAAUACAAGUGUGUUCUAUAAAACAAGAGGGGGCAUUAGGUGAUGCACCCACCCUCACGUUUGCUGGAAGCUUUCUUUCAGUUCAAAAUGCCAUUAUUUGUUUUGUUAUUCUUGGUUUUAGUAAUUUAAGAACUGAAACAAAAUGUGGUACUGCUUGGCUUGCUUCUACUCUGUUUUUAUAAAAAUUAAUUUUACAAGCAUAUUUAAAAACUCUAAAUAGAAAUAUUGAUCAUCAUGCAGAUGAGCAUAAAAGAUUGCUCCCAUUUCUUAAGCAGGAGAUCUGCAACACACUGUCUACAAAUCUGAGGGAUUUUCUUGGAUGUUGCAGUAUGACGUUAGCUUGUCCUUUAUGUAUUACCAAAACCAUUCUUCUUUCUACCUUUAUGACACCUGUUUGAACCCUAACCCUCAUCACAAUUACAGCAAGAUUUUAAAAGGGACUUUUUGGUAGGGGGAAGUGGAGAGGUCCUGUGCACUUGGAGUUGUUACGGCAGUACAGAUGCUUUGGGAAUCACGUGCUCAAGUCUGGAUUCCUGUUCUGACCGCUUCUUUGGCCUGGGAAUUACUGGUACAGGCUAUGCCUGUUCUCCAAAGGAUUUGUAGAGCCUAUGCUUAUAGUUUACAAUUGAUGCCACUGUGUUAUUCCCACAGAGUGGCUACAGCUGAGAAUUUUAAUGUAUAUUUAUGAAAAAUUAUAUUUACUUAGGAAUUGCUGAAGACUGGAUGUAUGCUUUCAGAGAUUUUUUUUACGUUUUUCAAUGCAGAGACUGCUGAGAUUCGUGCACAUUUGUGUCUGUGUGUAUACACAGACACAUAGAUGUAUACUUCAUUUAUAAAUACCUAAAUGUAGAUAAAGCUAAUAUAUAUAAUUUAAGUGUGUGGUCAUAUAUUUGUACAUAGCAGUCUCUGCUCACCAGCCUGGCCUAAGCUAACAGCUGUCCUGAAGUUUCAGCUUAGACUUGACUUUCCUUUUGUUCUAAUUGCAUGAAAUAGUCCUGGCCUUGUUCAAGCCAGAAUUUAUUGUGGGGAAAAUUGAGGCCAUGCUCGAUACCAUAAAGCAUCCUGGAGCUAGAUUUUUUUAGCAUAAUUUAAAAAACAGUGUGCAUGUUUAGCUCAUAUGUCGUCCUCUAUCUGUGGUAGAGAGGAAAUGCAGGAUCUUGCAGAAAUACAGGUAAGAUGUCUGGGGCAUGUGAGAGAGGAGCUCUGGCAGGCUGUGUUCCCACAGAACUUAGGCUGUGGAAGCAGAGUGCCUUCUCCCAGUCUUUGUGGGCCAACCUCAUUAAGCCAGGGCCUCUCGGAAGCCGCAGGGCUGAUGUGCUUGUGCUCCAGCAGGCACAGCUUUACCUGAUGGUAUUUGAGGCUUUCCUGCAUUGUGUGCUCUGAUCCCAAACUUGAAUUCUCCAAAUUUUCUGGAAUCAUAGAAUUAUUAAGGUUGGAAAAGACCACUAAGAUAAUCUAGUCCAGCUGUCAACCCAACACCACCAUGCCCCUAAGCCAUGUCCCUCAGUGCCACAUCUACCCUUUUCUUGAAGUCUUCAGAAUUUUCUGGAAGCACAGCCCCUAAAUGCAGCAGGCCUGCAGAAUCACUGAAAGCCUCCUGGGAUGCAGGUGAGCUCUGCUGAACCAUGGGAGGGAAGCCAAGUUCCCAAAAGCUUCCAGAGCCAGUGCUGCUCCCAAAGCACAUUCCUCAAUAAAGCCAGAGUGCAGUCUCGACUUGGCCAGCUAGGAAGCCUUCUGCUGGGAUUCUUUGGUAGGUGCUGCCAGCAAUCAGGCAGAGGAAACGGAAUAUUUCAGAAGCAUUUGGGGGCUGAAAGGGGCUGAAAACAGGAAAAGCUGCUAUAAUCUGUGCGGCAUUUGUGGUUGCACGGAGAGCGUGGAUUGCUACGUUGAGGUCAGGACCACGAGGAGAAAUUGCUGGGACCAAUCUGUCUGCCAGCCUGGAUGCCAGAGCAGAGAUCACUGCAGUACCCACAGAAGAAGCGUACUUAACAGGUAUCCAUUUCCUUAAAGAAAGUAAAGCCCUAUACACUUCUUGUACGGUGCCACUUACCAUUGUGUGGCAUGCAUAACAUCUCUUUCUAACGGAAGCUUGGAGUGGGAGGGACCUGAGGCCAAAUAGCUUCCAGGCAGUUGAGCCCUGACUGAGAUGUGUCCCUGAGGCGUGAAUUAACCAAAACAUUAAGAUGUUUUAGUUGCCAAAAUGCAAACAAUGAAAUGCCUGUGAAUAAAUUGCACAUGUCCCAUAAUGGCCUUGACAUUGCUGGAUUUCUACUAUCCCAACUUCCAGAACGGGCUUCUUGGUCAUUUCUUACCUUGCAAACUCAUGUCACCUCAGAUCAGCACCAUGUUUUUGUUUAACUUUUAGGUUAUUCAGUGAGCAUUAUUGUAACUUUUUUGAAACAUUUAUAGCAACUUUAUUGGUGCAGUAUGAUAUUUUGCUGUCAUGGAAAGUAAAAUCCAUAUGAUUAUGGACUACACGAAGUGCUUCGUGUUGGUGUGUAAAGGCCGUGUGUCCUGGCUGAGAAUCUCUUGGCCAAUGUGUUCCAAAUACCUGACUGACAAAGGAAUCGUAGAACCUCCAAAGUUGGAAAAGAUAAUCUAUUUCCUGAUGUCCAGCAAUUCAAAUUACAGUCUCUGUGGGUGCUGUUACUUUGUCCAUGUAGACAACCUCUCUUUAAAGCUUUAUUUGCCUUUCACAUUCUUGUGCAGUAGCUUUUUUUUUAAAAAAAAAACAAAUAACACAAUUCUGUCGUUCUAAGCUACUGAUCUUCAUUGUUUGCCUUUGCACACAUUGAGGGAACAAUUGCAGUAUUGUGGGCAUAGUGAGACAGCCUACCCGAGCUCUUUGUAGGAACUGGAGGUACACUUCUUACUGGUGUUAUUUUGAUCUACAAAGGAAAACCCCGAGUGGCUUUUUGUGAGUGAAUGUGAUCAUAGUGACACUACAGCUGGGUAGAUGUCACCUGUUUUGCAGCAGUUUAACCAUGAAUAAAAUGACCAGGUUUCAACCAGUGCUCAGCACGACCACCAGGCACCUGCCAAGGAGGAAGAAGAGUGUUUCCACCAAGACCUGUCCCAGAGGAUGCCGAUCCAGGAGGCUGCUUUCUGCACCUGUCUGGAUCCAAACUACCCCCUGCCUCAGUUUCCUUGUUGAUAAAAUGGGAAUGUAGUUGUCUUAUUCACUAGCACUGGAGUGCUGCUGGGCUUAGUUCAUAAUUGUUUGGAUAUACUGAGGCUGUAGGAUGAAAGUGCGUAAAUAGUGGAAAAUAAAUAAAAUCAGCUACUCCAUGAGGAGUUUGGUAUUUGGAUUACAGAAUGAAUGCCUUCAACUAAACAUCGUGUGCCUCUUUGCAGAGUAAUUUUUUUUUUUUUUUUUUGUACAACAUAACUAUUUUAAAGAAAAAAGAAGAGUGAUGUGAUUAAAACCCUAAGCAAUUCAGGUUGUUUUUCUUCCACCUGUAAGGACAGGUUGUCUUUACAUUUCAUUACAACAUUAGCUCCUGUACUUGUGAACUACAGCAGCUUUGUAAAUUUUGUUGGGAUUUUCAUUUUAAUGGAUACUGAGAAUUUUUUACAAUAUAUAAUUUUGAGACUAAUAUAUAAAUGAGCCCUGUUAAAUCCUUCUGUUAUUUGAAAAUAAGUGAUGUUGUAAUACAGAAAAAAGUAAUAAAUCCAGAUUUUAUAAGCA